AUGGAUGGCUACCAUUUCCCAGAGUGGGCUUACAAGACAGAGUCGAGCCCGGGCUCCAGGCAGAUCCAGCUGUGGCAUUUCAUCCUGGAGCUGCUGCAGAAGGAGGAGUUCAGGCACGUCAUCGCCUGGCAGCAGGGCGAGUACGGCGAGUUCGUCAUCAAGGACCCCGACGAGGUGGCGCGGCUCUGGGGGCGCAGGAAGUGCAAGCCCCAGAUGAAUUAUGACAAGCUCAGCCGGGCUCUCAGGUUUUAUUACAACAAGAGGAUCCUGCACAAGACCAAGGAAAGAUUCACCUACAAAUUCAACUUUAACAAAUUGGUGAUGCCCAAUUAUCCCUUCAUCAACAUCCGCCCCAACGGCGUGGUCCCGCAGAGCGCCCCGCCCGUCCCCACCGCCUCCUCCCGCUUCCACUUCCCCCCUCUGGACCCUCACUCCCCCACCGAGGACCCCCAGCCGCGCUUCCCGCCGCCCUCCCUGCUCCAACCUCACCCCGAAAAUUUGGCCGAUCCCUCCUCCGCGGCCGACAGGAAAGCCGAACCCACCGAGCUGGACGAGAACCCGGAUUGGCGCCGCGACCUCCUGGCUCCAUCCGCCAGCACCGCCGCGCCCAAACGCAAACCCGACGUGGUUCUUCCACUCUUCUCCAGACCGGGAAUUUUCCCGGGAUCAUCAUCACAGCCCUUUCGCCGUCUCGCCGUUACCGGGGAGUCCGGCGUGCUCAACGUUCCGAUUUCUCCGGCGCUGUCGUUGACGCCGACGCUUUUUUCCUACAGCCCCUCGCCGGGGUUGAGCCCGUUCGCGGGGAGCAGCUGCUUCUCCUUCAACCCCGAGGAGAUGAAGCAUUACCUGCACUCCCAAGCUUGUUCUGUGUUUAAUUAUCACCUGAGCCCUCGGACUUUUCCUCGGUACCCGCUGGUGGUGCCGCCCCUGCAGUGCAGUGUUCCGUUGGAGGAGCAGCCGCAAUUUCCCGAUCAAGCUCCAACCUCCGCCGGGCCCGGCCGGAAAAACCGGGAGAGGUUGGAGAGCCCUGAAGGAGCGAAUCCACAAAUUGCCAACGCUCCCAGGGUCAAGGUGGAGCCGGAAAAAGAGGAGGAGGAGGAGGAGAAAUUGGGGGAGAAAGAGGAAGAAGAGGAGAAAACGGCGAUUUUCGCCCGGCCGGCGGCUCCGGCGUGGAUCCCGAUGCCGGCUCAACCGGGAUCGUCCGGAGAUGAGAACGUGGAGAAACCAUCCAAGGAAAUUUCUGGAGAUGCUGGAGGGCAGGAGAAGAGGGAGGACGCGCUGAUGCCGCCGAAACUUCGGCUGAAACGGCGCUGGAACGGAGAUUCCCGUCAGGAAAUUCCCGAGGAUUCCCGGCAAAACGGGAUCUGGCACCUCCCCAAAGCCGUGGCCACCGCCCUCCGACACCUAAUCCCGGCUGGAAAAACAAAAAAAAAAAAUCCAAACAACACAAAAAACCCCACAAAACAAAACCUUGGAAAACACCCGGAAAAUUCCGUUGUAUUUAUGUAGCAAGGUUGCAGUUCGGGAUAAAAAAAGGUGGGGAGGGGCGGGGAGAAUUUUUUUUUUUUUUUGGGGGGAAUUUUUAGGGAAUUUUUAGGGCAAUUUUAGGGGGUGGGGAAAAUUAAAAAUAUAAAAGGGGAGGGAAGAUGAAAAUGAGGGUGGGGUUUGUGUUGGGUUUUUUUUUUUUUUUUGUUGGUUUUUUUUUUUUUGUGUAUCGUUGACUUUGCAGGUGAAGACGCCGGAAUUCCCGCUCGGUUUUGCCGGGAAAAACCCGGCUCAAAACUUCAGGACUGGGAUGGAGGAAAUUCCAGAAAAUUCCUCAGGGGUUCCUCCCCCUCGAGGUCUUUGGGACUUGAGGAAUCUCCAAAUCCAGCGAGUUUUUUUUGGGAAUUUAUUUUUUAAUUCAUGGAUUUGACGUUUUCCCGGCUGUCCAAGAGCUGGAUUGGUUUUUUUAUUUUUAAUUUUAUUUUAAUUUUUUUUUUUGUUGGAAAAGGAGGAGCUUGGAAUUUUGCACUGUCCACAGAGCAGGGUUGGGAUGGGGGGAACAAAAAAAAAAAAUCAAAAUAUUCAGGAAAGGACUCGGAAAAUCGGGAUGGAAACCGCGGAUUUCCGGG